GGUGCGGAGCCGGGGCCGGGGAACAUGCGGAUGCGGGCCAGACAGGGAGCACGGCGGGGGAUGGCGGCGGCGGACCUGCAGGAGCUGCGGGCGCUCGUGGAGCGGGCGGGCGGGCGGCGGGCAGUACUGCUAGUGGCCGAGGUGGUGGAGGGGGCCCCGGCGGCGCCCGCGCUGGCCGCCUUCGCCUGCGACCUCUUGGGCGACGAGGCGCCGCGCGCACCGUGCCCGGGGCCGGUGCCGGGGUGCCGGGCGCGGCGGGCGCCGGACGGCGGGCGGCGGGCGCUGGGAGCGCGGCUGCUGCUGGUGCUGUGCGGCGGCGGGGCGGCGCGGGACCGCGGAGCGCGCAUCCGCCUGCGGGAGGUGGUGCGGGACGUGCGCGGCCGCUUGCCCGCGGGGCCGCCGCCCGCCGUCGUGGGCGUCCUGCUGCCCGGCGGGGACGGAGAGGACGCGGCGGUGCUGGACGCGGCGCUGCGGCGGCACUUCCCGUCGCCCGGAACGGUGCAGGCGGCCCGGUACAGCCCGGGCAGCCCCGGAGACUGCCGUGCCGCCGCCUGCCGCGCCCUGCGGGCCGCUCUGCAGCACCCCGCAGAAGACAUGAAAGACAGGGAGAGGUGGAGGCUGCCAUCAUUCCUGCAGUGCAUUUCUUGGAACCAGAGGAGCUGGAGAAAAGAUUACAAAGCAAAAGCUGAAAACAACGUUCAUGAAGAUGACCUGCAGGACCCUGAGGAAGAAGUGGCUCUGGUCAGCCUUUCCCCCAAGGGAAACUGUGAAGAAGCUGCUGGAGGCACAGGCACCUAGAGCUGCUGGGCAUCCAACACAGUCCACAUCCCAGACCUGCCCAGUGGAUUUGGAGCAAUGGGAGGAGGAGCUGGUACAGGCCCUCUCCUCCAAGGACCCACAGCCCCAGGGUAAAGCUGCUUGGCUGAACUUGUCAGGGUUUUUGUAGCUGCCACCAGCACCGAGGGUCUGUGCCAGAGAGCCAUUCCCUGCUGUGCCCUGCUGCCCUGGGGCACCUGGAGCUGCAGGUGGACACUGGGCUUCUGAGAAGCCCUUUGGGGAUGUACCCCACAUCCUGGGCAAUAUGAUGUUGGGACUUUGAGUGUGAAAUGCAGGCACCUGUUUGAAGAAUGAGAAACAUUUUCUAAUUCUGAGCAAAGUUCCCUGCUGAGGUUGCUGGGGCUGGCCUCGCUGGCAGACUGAUUCUAUUGCCUUGUAUUCCUGCUUUAUUGGUGAUGGGAAGUUCCCACCCUCUUUGUGAUUAAAAACAAAACAAAACAGAACAAAACAAACCAAAAAAAAAAAAAAAAAACCCAAAAAAACCAAAAAAAACCAAAAAACCCAACCAAGUAACACAGUGACUUAGAGACUGCCGUGGGAUUAAAUGUGAGCUCUCGGAUCUACCAGCCACUGAAAAGGCUUGAACGUAACAGUGUAACAUGAAGAAUGCAGUAACAGCCCCAGCUUGAGUGGCAAGAGUAACAUGAAAGAUACUGAUAGUACUGGCAUCUAGAUCAGAGUGGGCUUUGGGAGCAGGAUCUAUCCCCUCUGGCUUGUCCUGGUGGUCAUAGGCUAACUGAGGGAUGCCUGGGUUGGAGGGGGUGGCAGGUGGGCACCAAGGUGUGGCUGCUGCUAGCUGGGGCUUCAGGAGAGGGCCAUCUUACCUGGGACAUCUCCACAGUCAUGGUGGCACAUCUUAGAGGUGGACUGCAGCACAACAAGAGGUGGCUGUUUCAUAAAUAAACAUAAAAUAUAAAAAUUAUCUAUUUAAGUAGUUCCAAAGGGUUGCCUAUAGCUUGUGGGGCAACAUCACUAACUAUAUAUCCUUGGUUUACAAGGAAUAUUGCUCUAAUGCUAAGAAUAUAUUUUAAAUUCUUUAUGCAACAUAAAAGAGGUCUUGUUUUACUUUGAGCACAAGUUUGAGACUGGCUUUCCUUUAGGAGUUUCCUCCAGCUCAGAUCAGAAAUUGCAACCUGUCUACCUCUACUUUGGGUUAAUUGCCAAAGUGUAUCCUCUGUGCAUGUCUGUCCUCUCUCUGGCUCCUUUUUCCCCACUGGCAGCAGAAGUGUCUGGAGCCCUGGCAGCUCUGGCCAGCACUCUACCCCAGCAGUUUCCCUUUGGCAUCCCUCUAGCUCUUACCUGGAUGCUGCUCCACAGAGAGGGCACUGACCCACUCUCUUUCCAGCCUCCAGGAUUUUUUGUGCUUAUGACCUGUGGAAAAUACAAAUGUAACCACGUGACUUGGUGCGGGUGGCUGUGUUACUGACCCCAGAUUUCAGCACUGAGCACUCGGUGCAUCUUGGUGAGAUUAAAGUUCCUUCCUGCUCCAUCCCUGCACAGCCCAGGUCGCUGUGCAGCUCUGUAUUUCCCAGUAAAGCCCUUGGUUAGGUGGGUCAAGCAGGACUCACCAGUAGGAAUCCUUAUUUUCUUGCAGCAUUUAGCCUUUGCUGCUAAGCAUUCUCCAGUGAAGAGGUGGUCCAAGAGCACAGACUGCCAGUUAAGCCUCCCUUAGUGCUGCAAAUCCACUGGAUUUAUUUACUGGUAAUUUUUAAGUAAAUCACGCAACUUUAUCCCUGCAAGAGACUGGUGGAAGUGGAUGAACUGCCUGAGCCUUAGGGGGUGUGAGUGAAAAUACAUUUGACCAAAAGUAUUGUUUUUCUUUGACUGAGGAAUAAAAGUGACUUGAAUUA